GAAGUAUUGGACCUUCAGUGUUUCUAGAGGAAUAGAGCAGUUAUGCCGAAGAAAGGAGGGAAGAAGGGAGGAGGCGGAAAGCAGAUGACGGAGGAGGAGAGACUGGUGUUCAUGCAGCAGAAGGCUCAGGCUGAAGAUGCCAGUGCCAAAAUAAAAGAAGAUGUGCUCACACAGUUCCUUAAGGACAAACUGCAGAAGGAAGAGCGGAACAGCAAAGUUAACCUGCACAAGUUGAACCAGCAGUGGCGUUCGAACCUGCGCCAGGCUCGAGCAGCAGAGCUGCGUGAAGAUUUCGCAAUACUCAGGCAAACUUUCGAGAGAGUUGUGGACUGCAAGAACAACGUCAUUAAGUUACUGGUGGGUGAUCUGAGUGAAGCGGAGCAGCAGUCAGCAGUGUCUCACAGGGCUCAUCUCCAGUGUGUGGAUCAUCUGCUGGAGGUACAGAAAAGCCGACUGGCAGCACUAGACUCACACUGGAACACCAGUCUUGAGGAAGUCAGCAACGAGUACAGCAGAGAGAGGGAACACAUUUUGAAGCGGUAUCAGCAGGAGACUGAGUACCUGGAAGCAGCCACCAUUGCCUUAGAACAGCGCUAUGCUGGAAUAGACAGUGAGGCCAGACAGGACUAUCAGAGUUCUCGUGAUGACAUCAAAAACCGGAACAUUGAGGAGAAGCAUGCGCUGCGUAUCCAGAUGGAAGGCACAGUGGAGGAGUUGUGGCAGCAGUUUCAGCAUGAACAGGAGAAAUACACUGAAGCCACUAAGGAUCGACAGAUUGCUUUUGAUUCGCUCCGUUCCACAGACCAGCGAAAUGCUCAGGAAGCAGACCUGCAGAUGAGACACAUGCAGAAACUGCAGGAAACCAUCAAUGCUCUGCGUUCUGAUCUGAGCUCCACUCAGCAGGAGAACGAGGCAUUGGCACGUGGCCUUCGGACAGAAUGUGAGGAAGUUACUGAAAAAGUCCAACAGCUCAGAGCUAAGCUCUGCUCUGCCCAGGAAGCUGAAAGAACACGGCUAGCUAAGCAGACUACGUACAGCGAUAACGCACGUAAAAAACUACAGGAUAUUAUAGGAGAGGGAGAGAGGUUGUUAAGUCUGGCUGAUAUAUGUCGCAAGCUUGAAACAGAGCAGGAGAAGGUGCUUCCCUUUUACACAUCAUCUGUAAAUGCUGAGGAACUGAGUCAGGAGAAAGCGCAUGCUAUGGAGGCGAUGUCUGAAGAGCUUGGACAGAAAAUGAUGGACUAUAUGGAUCUAGAAAAGUUCUGGCAACGUUACAACAAAGUUCUACUGGAACGUUUGUGUUUAGAACGGGAGAAGAAGGUUCUAGGAGAGGAGAACCAGCAGCUGAGGAUUCUUCUCAAGCAAUACCUGGAUGGAAUCUCUGUUAGUGACGAGAUCCUACAGCAGCAGAACUCACUGCUCAUGGUGUCCUGCCCAUCACUCCAUGCCUCUCCAGCUUCAGAAACCCAAGCACACCCACGCAGGACAGUCAUAGAGGCAGCUCAUGUGGUGCAGCACACGCUGUAG